AUGGCUACUUUUGGGGAUAUAGGGCUUGCAGCUGGCAUAAAUAUUCUAAGUGCAUUGGUUUUCCUUAUAGCAUUUGCCAUCCUACGGCUUCAGCCAUUUAAUGAUAGAGUAUAUUUUCCAAAAUGGUACCUCAAAGGUUUGAGGGAAAGCCCAACACACUCGGGGGCAUUCGUUAAGAAAAUUGUCAAUCUGGACUGGAGAUCAUACAUUAGAUUUCUGAAGUGGGUGCCAGAUGCAAUGAAAAUGCCUGAACCGGAGCUCAUCGAUCAUGCAGGAUUGGAUUCUGCCGUCUACUUGCGAAUUUACUUGCUGGGUUUAAAGAUUUUUGUUCCUGUGACAUUGCUGGCAUGGGCUAUCCUGGUACCAGUCAACUGGACAAAUAAUACCUUGGAGAAAGCUAAUGCAACUAAUAAACUUCAGUACAGUGACAUUGAUAAGCUAUCUAUUUCAAACAUUCCAUUUGGAUCCAACAGGUUUUGGACUCAUAUAGUGAUGGCGUAUGCCUUUACAAUUUGGGCAUGCUAUAUUUUGCGAAAAGAGUAUGCCACUGUUUCAGCAAUGCGUUUACACUUUAUUGCUUCUGAAAGACGUCGCCCUGAUCAAUUUACGGUUCUCGUUAAAAAUGUGCCACCCGAUCCUAAUGAAUCAGUGAGCGAAUCUGUUGAGCACUUUUUCCUUGUCAACCAUCCAGAUCAUUAUCUGACUCAUCAGGUUGUAUGCAAUGCCAAUAAGCUUGCAAAACUGGUCGAGGAGAAGAAAAAAAAGCAAAAUUGGCUUGACUAUUACCAAUUAAAAUAUUCGAGAAAUCAGUCGAAACGGCCAAUGGCCAAGACUGGUUUUCUUGGUCUUUUUGGAGAGAAAGUAGAUGCAAUUGAAUAUCAGACAGCUGAAAUUGAGAGACUAUCGAAAGAAAUAGCUGAAGAGAGUGACAGGGUAAAACAAGAUCCAAAGUCUAUCAUGCCAGCAGCAUUUGUUUCCUUCAAAACCCGAUGGGCUGCUGCUGUCUGUGCGCAAACACAACAAUCGAGAAAUCCAGUUGUGUGGUUAACAGAGUGGGCUCCAGAGCCACGAGAUGUUUAUUGGGAUAACCUGGCAAUCCCCUAUGUUUCAUUGACUAUUAGGAGGCUUAUUGCUAAUGUUGCUUUCUUCUUUUUCACAUUCUUCUUCGUGAUCCCUAUGACAUUUGUGCAAUCGCUUGCUAACAUUGAGGAUAUUGAAAAAUAUGCACCAUUUUUGAAGCCGAUUAUUGAAGUACCUUUCAUCAAGUCUUUCAUACAAGGUUUUCUAACUGGGCUUGCUUUGAAGAUUUUCCUCAUAGUUCUACCAUCAAUAUUAAUGACGAUGUCUAAAUUUGAGGGCUUUCUCUCUAUAUCCUCUUUGGAGAGGAGAGCUGCCACCAGAUAUUAUAUGUUCAACUUUGUGAAUGUUUUCCUUGUGAGCGUAAUAGCAGGAACUGCACUCCAACAACUCAAAAGUUUUCUUCAUCAGUCAGCAAACGCUAUCCCUAGAACAAUUGGUGUUGCCAUCCCGAUGAAAGCAACUUUCUUCAUUACUUAUAUAAUGGUAGAUGGCUGGGCUGGUGUUGCAGGGGAGAUCUUAAGACUGAAACCACUGAUAAUCUUCCAUUUAAAGAACUUCUUCCUGGUGAAGACUGAAAAGGAUAGAGAGGAGGCAAUGGAUCCUGGAAGUGUUGGUUUCAAUACGGGUGAACCUCAAAUACAGUUGUAUUUUCUUUUGGGUCUUGUCUAUGCUGUGGUGACACCGGUUUUGCUUCCUUUCAUAUUGGUUUUCUUUGCCCUCGCAUAUGUGGUAUUUCGCCAUCAGAUCAUAAAUGUGUACAACCAAGAGUAUGAAAGUGCUGCAGCAUUUUGGCCAGAUGUCCAUGGACGUAUAAUAUCUGCCAUGGUCUUCUCACAGCUAAUUCUAAUGGGGUUAAUGAGUACAAAGGGGGCUGCUGACACAACACCGUUCCUUAUUGCACUUCCAAUAUUGACCAUCUAUUUCCAUAAAUUCUGCAAAGGUCGUUAUGAACCUGCUUUCGUCAGAUAUCCUUUACAGGAAGCGAUGAUGAAAGAUACUUUAGAGCAUGCAAGAGAACCAAACUUUUAUCUGAAAGGCUAUCUCCUUAAUGCUUAUACCCAUCCAGUUUUCAAGAACGACGAGGAUGAGGAUGAGGAUGACAUAAGUCAUGAAAAGUUAGAGCAGGAGGGCGUGCUUGUUCCUACCAAGCGCCAGUCUCGAAGAAAUACACCUGUACCAAGCAAAAUUAGUGGUGGUUCAUCACCUUCACUACCGGAUGUUGUUGAAGAGAACUUGCUGCCUUGA